CGGGCUCAGGUCGGGGCGCAGCCGCGCCAUGGAGCGGUACGAGAAGCUGGGGAAGGUCGGAGAGGGCUCGUACGGCGUCGUCUUCAAGUGCCGCAACAGGGAGACGGGUCAGAUCGUGGCCAUCAAGAAGUUCCUGGAGUCCGAGGAGGACCCGGUGAUCCGGAAAAUCGCGCUGCGGGAGAUCCGCGUGCUGAAGCAACUGAAACACCCCAACCUGGUGAACCUGCUGGAGGUGUUCAGGAGGAAGAGGAAGCUGCACCUGGUCUUUGAGUACUGCGACCACACUGUUCUCCACGAGCUGGAUAAGCACCCGCGGGGGGUGCCGGAGCAUCUGGUCAGGAGCAUCACCUGGCAGACCCUCCAAGCUGUGAACUUUUGUCACAAACACAACUGCAUCCACCGAGAUGUAAAGCCAGAAAACAUCCUGAUAACGAAACACUCUGUCAUCAAACUCUGUGACUUCGGAUUUGCUCGCAUGCUGACUGGCCCAGCUGAUUACUACACAGACUACGUGGCCACCAGGUGGUACCGCUCCCCCGAGCUGCUGGUUGGGGACACGCAGUACGGCCCUCCGGUGGACGUGUGGGCAAUAGGCUGCGUCUUUGCGGAGCUGCUCUCCGGGGUGCCGCUGUGGCCCGGCAAGUCGGACGUGGACCAGCUGUACCUGAUCCGCAGAACGCUGGGGGAUCUUAUUCCCAGGCACCAGCAAGUGUUCAGCACCAACCAGUUCUUCAGCGGCGUAACGAUUCCAGACCCAGAGAGCAUGGAGCCAUUGGAAAUGAAAUUUCCUACUAUUUCAUACCCUGCUUUAGCUCUCAUGAAGGGCUGCCUUCGUAUGGACCCUGCGGAGAGGCAGACGUGUGAGCAGCUGCUGCAGCACCCCUAUUUCGACAGCAUUAGGGAGGCAGAUCUGGGGAAAGAACAUGAAAAAGCAGCUCGAAAACCAGCCAAGCUGACACGGAAGCACGUGCCGGGGUACCUGCCUCAGUUAAGCAGCAGCAAUGUUCUGCCAGCUUUGGACAGCAAGAAGUACUUCUGCAAAACGAGGAAAUCCAACUACCAUUUCCCUAACAUCUGAGUGGGUGGCAGAUGAAAAACUACCUAGCAUUCAAAGUUCCAAUCCUUCAGCACUUAUAAAAGGCCACGUGGUGGAAACCUGAAUUAAUACAGGUGAUGAUGUAUACAGAAAUGGACUGCAAGGUACUCUGGGCUACUGGUGGAAGGAAAGUGGUGCACUCCAAGCUCACGUUAGCCAGUGUUCUGUGUAAAGAAAAUAUAAUUCUUCUUUACUUUAAUUUUUCUUUACUUACAAUUCUUUUUACUUUAAUUUGUGAUUGCCUACUGGUUCAGGAUUACUGCAAAGCAGUGUUACAGGGUGAAUCUCAAGAACUCUGUUGCCUAUCCAUUAGCUGUGUUUCAGACUUGGCAGGAGAACUGUAACCUUGCUGAAUAAAUCCGAGUCACUGUGGCUAGCUAACAGAUGCUGCAAGGACCUGUAAACCUAUUCCCUUUGUGAGUGGAAGACAGAUGUGUGUGUGUGUGUGCAGCUGAGGAGAAUUAGGUCCAGCUGAUUACAAACCUGCUGAAAUAGCAGUGUUUUAAAGAUAUGUCUAUCUUGUGUAAGGCAAAGUAUCUUUAUAGAAAGUAUAAAGUAUCACGAGCACAGGCAUUGACUUAGACUUACUGGAAGGCUCCACAGGCACUGGGAACAGAAGGAGAAUGUAAUUACUGAAGUCUGCUUUUUUUCUUUGGCCUUUCCAGAGCUUCUCCUGUCUGUCUCUUCCUUGCAAUACGAAGUUAUUUAUAUUUGCUGGUUUUGUCAUGUGAAGUCAUUCGCCUGUAGUGUUACAGAAAUUGUUUUUAUCAAAAACAAUUCAAUAUAAUUUAUAACAGGAGCCAGACACGGGCAAUAAUUCUGCCUAAGUCUGUGUAUUAGAACAAAUCUUGGAUUUUGUGUAAUUUCAGAAUGUAAUAUUGUGUUGAUUUUUAAUUAAAAAAAAUGUAGCUUGUUUUUCCAGUUCACAGGAUGUGUUUUACUACGUAAGCUUUUAAUAAUGGUCAAGAUACUGCCUCUUCCUACUUGAAAAUUAGAGCAAAAAUGUUUCCUUUUCCCAGUUCUGUUAUGUGUUCAGCAACAGUAAGAGCAAUUUCAGUGAAACAGGAGCUCCAUCCCUAGUGAGCAUAACUGCCUACCUUAUAUUCCAUAUGAUAUUUUAAUCCUGGAGCUUGUCAGGUGGUUCUGGUUAUGCUCAAAACGCUGGCAUUGCUGUAUGGCUGAGUCAUCUAAUUCUGUGCAUUUGCUAAGCACCCAACAUCCUUGUGUAGCUGCUGUAACUGACAGCCUAGCAGUCAGCUCCUGGACACGGCCCUGGGCAGUGCAGGCUGGAGGAACUUCCCUUGGUGCUGCUCCUGCUCUGUGCUAGGAGCUGUCAGCCUGAGAUGCAGCUAGAGCAAAAAUGUUACCCCUUCCAGUGCAUCAUUUACUUCUGAGGAUAAAGUGGCAGCUGGGGAUAAUAAAAGAGGCUCUCAGCUCUGGCACUGUAGCCGUGCUUGGGGCAUUACUCUGAAAGUGGCUUUCUUGGAAUCAUCACCUCCCAUCUUUGAAGGGAAGCUCAGGAGCUGACUAAAAAGGAUGUAUCUUUCCUGAGGGUGGAUGAUUCUCUUACUGAGUGAUACGGAUGCAAGUAAAGGGGUACAAGGUUUAGUCCAUGUGAGAGUGUGGCAAAAAUGUACAGGGCUCAUUGUGGAGAGCCUACCUCUCCACAAAUCCAGCUAGUUGGUUCAUCAGCUCAGAUUUUAUGAGGAUAGACUGCUUGUCUGCAGCUCAGUCCAAGGGAAGCAAAGAAAGACUCUGCCAAUCAAAGAGUGAACAGCAGAAAAAAGGCCCAGGAGCUCCUGUCACUCACUCACUAGGUGACACCUUCAGACAAAGUAAAUGGCUGUCAUUCCAACUCCGAGGAUUCUGUGACUCUAUGAUUCACAUGGCAUCAACACUGUCUAAUAAAUCUGCACAGCACUGCUGCAUCACAA